AUGAAAAAUCAGCUGCGCGAAACGGACGAAAAACGGUCGGCCGCCUGGUCAUCAUCUUAUCGUGCGCGGAGUAUACAUUCGUGCGUUGUUUGUUUUACUAAUUCUAAAAACAAGACUGAAGAUAUUUCUUUCCGUCUAUUUCCUACAGACUUGUCUAGAAAAAAUUUGUGGAUUCAUACUCUUAAACUGAAUGUACCUAUUUCUAAAUGGCACAGAGUAUGUAGUAAACAUUUCGCAAAAAAUAGUUACAUCUUUAGCAAUUGUCGAAAAAUGUUGCAUUCAAAUGCUUUUCUAUUAAGUCAUUCAGAAAUUGUUGAAAAUGAUGUAUGUAAUCCUACUAAGUUGAAUUACCAGAAUUCAGAUGAAAGUGUAAUAUUCGGUUUUUCACCUUCUAGCUCAAUAUCGUCUAAGGUUGCCAAAGUUCUGUUUCCAGAGAAUCCUUCGACAUCUGUAAAUAUGUUUCCAUCCCAUACAAAAAGAAGGAAGUUCUGGAAUUCUAGUAGAAUGGGGGACCUAGAAAAAGAUGAUUUUUCCACGCCAAAAAGAAGAAAACAAAAUUUUAUGAUGGUUCAAAGAACGGUAUCCAAUCUUCGAUAUAAAAAUAAAUUGUUGCAUCAAAAAAAUCGUAGACUGCAAAAAAAAGUUGAAAGUUUAAAUGAAAUAAUUAGCGUUCUUAAAACAAAAUCUAUGAUUUUUGAUAAUGCAGCGAUAAAUCUCAAGGUAUUUUCAGACAUUGUCACCCAGACAGUAAACAAUAUUUUGUGUUGUUACUUAUUAGUUAUUAUUAUUCAUUACACUAGACGUAAGGGUCACUGGAUUGUUGCUAUGGGUUCAGAUGUGUUGGAAAGAAUAGUAAAAGAAUCAAUGAUAGGAAAAAAAAGCAUUUUUGGUAAAGAGAUUAGAGAAUUCGCAGUUACCCUACAAUAUUAUUCUCCUCGUGCAUACUCAUAA